CCGCCACCAAGCCGGGGCCGGCGCGGCCGCCUGCUGUCGUCAAGCGGCGGCUGAGCCUGCAGGACUACCGGCGCCGCAAGAAGGACGGGCCGACGCCGGCGGCAGCCGUCGGUGAUCGGGCCGGGCCGUCACGGCCGACCGAGGACGGGCCGACGCCGCCGGCGCUGCCGGCGCUGGACCUGGCGUCGGCUGAGCCCAGUCCGCGGCCGACGUCGCCGGCCGACGCCGAUGCCGACGAGAACGCCGACGUCGGCGUCGACUCCGAUGCCAGCUCGGCGUCGGAGAGAAGUCCAUCGAAGCCCCAGGCGUCACCGCCGUCCCCACCGUCGCCAGCUUCGUCACCGUCGUCGCCGUCGUCGGGCCCACUGGCGCCCAAGCUGUCCAACGUGCGCUGGAACGCGGCGCCGACCAUGCUGGAGCAGCAGCGCGAGAAUCUCACGGAGCGCCUGCGUCGUGAGUUCGGUCUGAAGGUGGACGAGCAGCCGCGACCGGUGCUGCCGUUGCCAGCCUCUCCGCCUCCUCCGCCGCCGCCGCCACCGCCGCUGCCGCUGCCGCUGCUGUCGUCCCUGCCGCCCACCUUUACUAGGUGCAAGUCGCCGCCGAGGAGGAGGCCUCGGGAGAUUUCGCCGACCGACUCGUGCUACGCCGCCAGCCGGGAGGGGUCGCCACCUCCACCUCCGCCGCCACCGCCACCGCCGCUUCCUCCGCCUCCGCCACUGCCAGCGCCAUCUCAUCCGAUACCGGGGCACCGCAGGCCGGCUGGUCCCAGUCCGGCUCCGGUGCCGCCGCCGGUCGCGUCGGCGCUGUCCCAGCGGACGACGCCGCGGUGCUCCUCCCGGGACUCGCCGCCGCCGCCGCCUCCUCCCCCGCCGGCGCCGGUGCCGCCGCCCGCAAGGCUGCAGGUGUCCGGGGUGGCUGCGCACAAACCGCGCUCGCCGUUCGCGGCCGGAUCGCGACACGCGCUGCCCAACGGCCUGCCGACGUGUCCGCCGCCGCCGCCGCGGCUGGGCGCGCCCCCCGCCUUCCGUCCGGGCCUGUUUCCGCCCGUGCGUUUGCACGCGGCAGCUCGACUCAACGGCCGCGUGCCGGUGGGGGCGCUGCGCUUCACACGGCGCCACUGA